CCUUUCCCUUGUUCACCCCCCUCCCCCUCCAUCUCUCUUCCCCUGUAUCAUCAUCUUCUCCCUCCUCCUCUCCCCUCCAUUUCCCCUCCAUCCCCCUUCCCCCUCUCCCUUCUUCCCAACACUGAGAACUUAGCGGAUGGGUAAGGUGGGGUUGGGGCUGGGGUGACACUAGGGACCCUGGGAGAGUCAGAGAUGCUACUCUGAGGGGACCUGGUCAGUGAAGCAGACAGCAGAUCAGAACCACCAGGAAGUGGUUGGGGGUAAGGGCCUCACACCCCACACCCCUUCCCUCUGCCACACUCCAGCUAAACUUCAGUUUCCGGGCUGUACCCCCAUCGUCAAAGACAAGCCUCUGAGGAUGCUGGAAGGGGCAGUCCAGGGCCUGCAGGUGGCUGAGAGUGUAGGAGUGGGGCCGGGAUACGGUCCUGACAGAGCUCCAGGUCCAGGGUCCUCAGUGGAAAGUGUUCAUCUCAUCUCGAGGAAACACAUUUUUGGAAGCAUCUUUUACUACGAAUUUUAAAGAGAAGCCCUUUCUAACAGUCAGUUCAUGUCAAGGGGAAACGCUGCAAAAUCAAGAGCAUGGGUUCUGGAGUCAGGCUCUGAGGCUGCACCACGAGCUGUGUGAUCUCCGGCAGGCGGUGACUUCUCAGGGUGACUUUGGGGAGGAAGAUGGCUGCCCAAGUGCUGCUGCCGACAGUGCCGUUCCUGCUGGGUCUGCUCCUGGUUCCAGGUGCCCGUGGCGGGGGCCCCCGGGAAGACUUCCGCUUCUGUGGCCAGCGGAACCAGACGCAGAACAGCAGCCUUCAUUAUAAGCGGACAUCUGAGCUGCACAUCUCCAUCAGGAACACUGAGGAGGCCCUCACAGUCCAUGCGCCCUUCCCUGGAGCCCAUCUGGCUCCUAGGUCAUUCCCUCAUCCCAGGGGCCUCUACCACUUCUGCCUCUACUGGAACCGCCAUGCUGGGAAAUUGCAUCUUCGCUACGGCAAGAGCGACUUCGUGCUGAGUAACCAAGCCUCUGACCUACUGUGCUUCCGGCAGCAGGAGAAGAGCCUGGCCGAGGGGGCCCCACUGUUCGCCACCUCUGUCAGCUCCUGGUGGAACCCCCAGAACACCAGUCUGCCCAGUGCGGCCGGCUUCAUCUUCUCCUUCCACACUCCUCCCCUGAAGACCUCCCACAGCGCCUCGGUGGACACAUGUGAGCUGAAAAGGGACCUCCAGCGGCUCAGCCAGUUUCUGAAGCAUCCCCGGAAGAGCUCAAGGAGACCCCCGUUCACCCCCACGGACCAUCACCCACCCUCUCUCCCCACUGCCAGGCAGCUGCAGAGCCUGGAGUCGAAGCUGACCUCUGUGAACUUCACAGGGGACACGGUGUCUUUUGAGGAAGAUCUGGUCAACGCCACGGUGUGGAAGCUCCAGCCCACAGCCAGCCUCCAGGACCUGCGCAUCCACUCCCAGCGGGAGGGGGAGCAGAGCGAGAUCCUGGAGUACUCGGUGCUGCUGCCCCGCGAGCUCUUCCAGAAGACCAAGGGCCAGAGGCAGGAGGCUGAGAAGAGACUCCUCCUGGUAGACUUCAGCAGCCAAGCCCUGUUCCAGGACAAGAAUUCCAGUCAGGUCUUGGGGGAGAAGGUCUUGGGUAUCGUCGUGCAGAAUACCAAAGUAGCCAACCUCUCGGAGCCCAUGGUGCUCACCUUCCAGCACCAGCCACAGCCGAAGAAUGUGACUCUACAGUGUGUAUUCUGGGUGGAAGACCUAACAUUGAGCAGCCCCGGGAGCUGGAGCGAUGUGGGCUGUGAGACCAUCAGGAGAGAGACGCAGACGUCCUGCCUCUGCACCCACCUGACCUACUUUGCAGUGCUGAUGGUUACCUCUGUGGAGGUGGACGCCAUCCACAAGCACUACCUGACUCUCCUCUCGUACGUGGGCUGUGUCAUCUCCGCCGUGGCCUGCGUCCUCACCAUCGCUGCCUACCUCUGCUCUAGGAGGAAGUCUAGGGAUUACACCGUCAAGGUGCACAUGAACCUGCUGCUGGCCGUCUUCCUGCUGGAUGUGAGCUUCCUGCUCAGCGAGCCGGUGGCCCUGGCAGGCUCCGAGGCUGCCUGCCGCGCCAGUGCCAUCUUUCUGCACUUCUCCCUGCUCGCCUGCCUCUCCUGGAUGGGCCUCGAGGGCUACAACCUCUACCGGCUUGUGGUCGAGGUCUUCGGCACCUAUGUGCCAGGCUACCUGCUCAAGCUGGGCAUCGUGGGCUGGGGCUUCCCCAUCUUCCUGGUGACGUUGGUGGCACUGGUGGAUGUGAACAACUAUGGCCCCAUCAUCCUAGCUGUGCAUAGGACCCCAGAGAGUGUCAUCUACCCUUCCAUGUGCUGGAUCCGGGACUCCUUGGUCAGCCACGUCACCAACCUGGGCCUCUUCAGCCUGGUGUUUCUGUUCAACAUGGCCAUGCUGGGCACGAUGGUGGUGCAGAUCGUGCGGCUGCGCCCACACGCCCAGAAGUGGCCCCACGUGCUGACCCUGCUGGGUCUCAGUCUGGUCCUCGGCCUGCCCUGGGCCUUGGUCUUCUUCUCCUUUGCUUCUGGCACCUUCCAGCUUGUGGUCCUCUACUUUUUCAGCAUCAUCACCUCCUUCCAAGAUCAGAAGAAUUCCGCAACCAUGCCUGAGGAGUCAAGACAGCCCUGCAAAGGACUCAUCAAUGCAAUCCGAUUUGACAACUUCGGCCUUAAGGACACUGCUAAGUGCUUCAAAGCGUGUGCACCGUCAGGGAAUGAACCCUGCAAUCUGAGAAACUUGCAGAGAUACUGGCUGAACUAUGAGAUCCAUCUGGUGGAGAAGAGUCUGACAGAGACAGUGAAUAUGGAUUUUUUGAAGGCUCUUGUCAAGAACAUCAACACCAACAUCUCAGAAGACCUGCACUUCUCUCUGACCCCCUCUCAGAUUCCGAAGCAGGUGACAGAGGACGAGCACCGGCACACUGACAGAGUCCGGCUGCCCAGGAGCCUUUUUGGAUCCUUGCAGGGCAGCAGGCCAAUGGUUCGGUUGGCCAUAACCAUCCUGGAUAUUGGUUCAGGGAAUGUCUUCAAGGGUCUGUGGACUGCGGGCUCACGCCGGUUAUUCACGCUCCGCUGUUUGGACUGCCCACACCUGUGCCCUUGGACUCCUGUGUGUGUAUCCCAAGGCCCUCGGCUCAGCCUAGAGGAUGGCAGCAGCGUGUUGAACAAUCGCGUGGUGGGCUUGAGUUUGGGUCAUAUAAACGUCACUGGCCUGGCUGAGCCUUUGGAGAUCACCUUCUCCCACCAGCACCAGCCUCCUAACAUGACCCUCAGCUGUGUAUUCUGGGACGUGACUAAAGGCUCCCUCUCCUCCCCAGCGUCGUCAGGAGACUGGGCUUCCAAGGGCUGCUCCACAGACGUCGGAGUCAAUAGGACCAUCUGCCGCUGUGACCACCUGACCUUCUUCGCCUUGCUGCUGAGGCCGAUCUUGGACCAAGUCACCGUAAAGACCCUCACACGCAUUUCCCAGGCUGGCUGUGGAACCUCCAUGAUCUUCCUGGCCUUCACCGUUGUCCUCUACGCUUUCCUGAGGUUUUCCCGGCAGAAGUUGAACUCCGAAGACGUCCCCAAGAUCCACGUGGCCUUGAGCGUCAGCUUAUUUCUCCUGAAUCUGGCCUUCUUCAUCAAUGUGGGGUACGGCCUGAAGGGGUCCGAUGCUGCCUGUUGGGCCCGGGGGGCCGUCUUCCACUACUUCCUGCUCUGUGCCUUCACCUGGAUGGGCCUGGAAGCCUUCCACCUCUACCUGCUCGUCAUCAAGGUCUUUAACACCUACUUCGGGCACUACUUCCUGAAGCUGAGCCUCGUGGGCUGGGGCCUGCCUGCCCUAAUAGUCAUCGGCACUGGGAGCGCCAACAGCUAUGGCCCCUACGCCAUCCGUGACAAGAAGAACACCACCACGCUGGAGCUAUGCUGGUUCUGUGAGAAAACUGCCACCUCUGCGCUCUACGUCACUGUCCACGGCUAUUUCCUCAUCACCUUCCUCUUCAGCGCCGUGAUCCUGGGCCUGGUGGCCUUGAAGAUCUUCACUAUGUCGAGUGCCACAGCGGGCAAGGAGAAGCGGCAGCACUGGAAGGGGGUCCUCACCCUGCUGGGCCUCUCGAGCCUGGUGGGCGUGAGCUGGGGGCUGGCCAUCCUCACACCCCUAGGCCUGUCCACCACCUAUGUCUUUGCACUGUUCACGUCUCUGCAAGGUGUCUUCAUCUUCUGCUGGUUUGUUGUUCUCUACUUCCCAAGACAGAGCACCGUGACCUCGUCUUCCGGCACUGCCCGGGCUGACCAGACCCUCACCGUGUCUCAUGAAUAGCGGGCUGCCGUGUGGCCAGGCUGGGGCUGGCCUGCACUCUGGACUCAGCUCUGAUUUGCUGAGUGACCUUGGUGGGAGGGAAGAGGUGCUCCCUGCUUCCUUCUGGGCCUCAGCGCCCUUCUCUGUACAAUAGGACUGGGGAGCUAGGGGAUGGGAACCAGGUUGGACCAUGUGGCCUCAAAGGUCUUAUCCAGAUACACCUAUGGGUCUGAGAGUUCACAGAUCCAGGAUGGCAGGAGUCUCAAAUCCCUGUAAUCCUAAGACCCUGCCGGCACGCCCACCCCCUGCCUUCAGAGCAAAGCGGCCUUCUGGUCUCAGGAAGGGCCUGAGCCCAAAUAAGGAAGUCUGUCAUUGGCCUCUUGAAGGAGCCCCCAGCCGCUCCCCUCCCUUCCUUCCCCUUGUCACUGCCCUCCCACAACUCCACCCUCUGGCCGGGCACCUGGGGGGCCCACAGGGCCACCAUCCCCUCAGGCACUGGGGCAGUUGUGGACUGGAGGUUUGUUGCCUGGUGGCGGGGGGGGGAAGUGGGGUUUGGUCCUCGCACCCAGGCUGCCCCUAGUCUCAGCCACUCACCAGGGCCCAUCCUCAUGGAAGACCCCCUACCGUUCAGGGGGCUGCCAGCCCUCCAACUGUUGGGGACACCGAAUAUCAAAGAAUGCCACUUACUCAGUAGGUGGGAUACGUCAAGCAAGCCCCCGUUCCCCACUCUGGCCUGCCCCUGUCUCGGGUCGACGGGGCGGGAGGGGACGGGAGGGCGGGGCGGGGCGCUGCACCUCUGACGCCUGAGGAGCCAGGGCCGGGGGCAGGGGGUGUGGGCUGAGCAGAGACAGGGUGGGCAUUUCUUCUGAAGUCUGAGCUCCUAUAGAGCAGGCGGGCACUUUGACAGCUUUGCUCGCUCACCGGUUCAGCCCAGCCCCACGUUUGGCAGGCCCUGAAUAAAUAUUAGUUGGCCCUCGAUGGAGGUGUGAGUUUGGCACCAGCCUGACAGGGCCCUGAGCCAGGGGAGUGCCUCAGGCCAGACCCAGCUGGGUUUGUCACUUCCAGUGGCUGGACUUGGUUUCGAAACCACUGGUUUCCUCAGUAGGAAGCAAAAAAGAGGCAGUGACAGUAGAGACAGAAGUAGGGAUACAGAGAUAGAGAGAUGGAGAGAGAGAGAGAGAGAGAGAGAGAGAAAGAAUUAACAGAUGAACUGCCACAAAGAAAGAAAACAAAAGGAGAGAGACGGACAGAUGCAGAGACACACUGGCCCCCUGGCCUGGCCCAACCAGGAGGGCAGGGCACUGGUAUCCGUCCCCGUCCCCUUACAGCCACUGCGCACUUCAGCCCUAACUUACUACUGGGACAGCUCACCCUCCCUCCCCAAACCUCACCCUUCCCAGUGUGCUUUGCAGACGGUCCAGCGCCUUCUACAGGUGAGAAGCCUGCCUCUUCCCCCCAGAUGCCCUGGACUGGAUUCCCCUUCUCCCUCCUCCCACCCAGCAAACAGAUGAAAGAAAGGAGGCCCGGGACCCUUGGUUUAUGCAAGUCACUGUGUUCCUGGAAGGAAUCUUAGAGUGUGGACAUUGUGACAGUUGAGCCACAUUAUCAGUUUUUGUGGGCAGACUUGGUGGGUUUCGGGCUUAUCUUCACAAACAGCCGUUUCUCACACUGAAGGUCUCAGCAACCUUACCCCAAAGUCUCAGGGUUACUAACCUGUCCUCAGAAAGAACACUGAUCCAGUGUCUGACAGGCCUGGGUUCAAAUCCUAGCUCUGCUGCUUAGGGCCUGUGUGACCCUGGGCCUGUCACCGCACCUCUCUGAACCUCAGUUUCACCCUGUGUAAGAUGGGGCUCAUUGAGUCCUUGCCUUGUCCUGAGAGCAUUAAGUGAGGUGACAAAAGUAAAGUGCCCAGCACUAAGUCAGCAGGAGUUAGGUUGCUCCCUGAGAACCCCCCUUGGCUUAAAGAAAACCUGGGUGUAAAGCAGAUUGUGAGCUUCUGCAACCUGUUUGUAAACUGGGAGGGUGUGAAGUUUAAAGCUCCCUUCCAGAUUCCUUGUACAGCUCUGCCAAGUGGACCAGCCCUGGGUGGGGAGGAUGAAAUGGAGGCCGAGAGAGGCCCAGGGACCCACCCAAGACCACCCUGCAAGCUGGGCCAACAGUAGAGCUGGGGUCUCCAUGGGUUUAAGAAUUAUCACCUCAUUCCUGACCCCCGAGUCUCAAGGGAAAUCCUGGGUGGUGGCUUUUUCUUUCUUCUUCCUUGCUUUCUCAUUAAGACGUACUCAGUGGGAUGUGCGACCAACAGAACAACAAGCGCCGGAUGGGCUGCGUUUCCAGGUGCAGAUGCGGAGGGCAGACGGGGAGCGUAGCUAAUAGUACAGAUGUCCUUUUCUCUGCCUGGCUCUCCACCCCAGGGCCAGGCAGGGGCAGAGGGCCUGGGGUCCCUCAUUGCCUGAAGUCACUGCAAAAGUGGCUCCAAGUGCCAAGUGGAGCGCGUGCUCAGGCCAGGGAGGGCUGUGGCAAAAAUACAUCCCAAGGUCCAGCGUGGAUAGACAGGGUUCCCCUGCCACUGAAACAUCACAAGAGCAGCCUGGGAGGUGGAUAGCACCAUGGUUACGAGCAUGGACUCUGAGGUCAGCCUCCCUGGUCCAGAUUCUUUGCCUUGGACCAAUUCCCCACUUACUGAAUCUGUAAAGCAGGGAUGGCAGUAGCUGCCCGACAGGGCUGAUGAUUAAAUGAGAUACUGGCUAAGACGGCUGCCCACCUGGCUCAGCGUGAAUGUGACUAAGCCAGAGCUUGGCCUUGGCUGACACUUUAUCAGGCUCUGGGUUGCAGUGGUCAUCUGUGUGCUGCAGGAAGAGUGUCCCCUCACCGUGGUUCCCUGCCUGGUUCUCUCUGUUCUGCCUCAAUUUCUUCAUUCCUAGUAUUUUUUCCAUUACAAUCUAACAAAUAGACAGGAAAUAAGAAGACCUAUUUGCUCUGUGCUUUCAGAGAGGUAACAAUAUCAAAAGAUAAGAGUUCUUCACAAUUUGAUCUAUGAAUACAAUGUGAUUCCAGUAAA